GACGAAUGUGGAAAGUGUUGUUAUAAAAAGUAAAGACAAAACAGAAGCAUUUAUUACUCAAUUAUUUGUUGUUUCAUCAAAAAAUGGGUCAAGAGCACAGCAGUGAAAGGAAUAAAAGUAAAUUAGCAAAUGUUAAACCUGUUGGCGAGAUUGUCGUUGUCAAAAGUGGUAAAAACACAAAUAGAAACGAACUCAUAAAUAACGACGUCGAUAUUGUAAAACUUAACAACAUCAAUACAUUUUCGCCGUUAAUGAACAAUAGCUUAGCUAAUGAAUUUGAAAUCACCAACAAGCUGGAUUCUCGUGUUGCUAGAAGUUUGUGCUUGAGAUAUGAAGAUCAUUUAAGGGCAUGUGCUAAUGCUGUCGCGUUCGAUCAGGAGGCCAUCUUGUUACGUGUAAAAGAAAUCGAAAACCAUUCGGGAAAUAUUUUACGAAAUGUUAUCGAACGAUACAAAAGAAUACAAAAUGAAAUGCAUUUAAUCUCUACUGUUGAAGAUGUUAAACAAAGCAUUGACAAAGUUGAAAAUUCUCUGCAAAACAUCAUUCCAUUAAUGGACAAAUUAAAUUUAUCGUUGCCCGAAGAGGAGAGAUUGGAACCAUUUUUGAAAAUAUAAUUUAACUUAUUACCUGUAUUCAAAAGCAAAAAUUGUUGUUUUUCAAAAAAUUAACUUUUGCUUUGUUCUAUAAACGAAUUCAUGAUCACAGAUGUUGACUGUUUGUAUUUUUCUUUAUGCAUGAAAUGAGCCAUUAAUUGCAGACAUGCACAAAACCAAACAAAGUUUUGUCAGUUACUAAUUUUGAAACUCCUCUAAAUUAUUAAAAGUAUGUCAUCUUCAUUAACAUAUGAAUAUCCUUGCCAACCCUGCCUUAAAUAAUUUAAUCUAACCAAAUUUCCAUAUUCAAUUUUUGAGAAGUUAGUUUCUCUUUCAUUAAGGUGUUUUUAAUGAGAAUAGUUCUGUAUUUUUCAAAUAAAAUGUUUGUAAUGUUUAA